AUCUUUAAUGUCCAGUUCAUCAUUUCUUGACUUUUCCUUCUACUCUUUUAGCUUAUUGUUGACUCCAAUUUUGAUGCAUAUUGAGUCAAUUUGGUUGGAAGGCGGAUAGGAAAGGAUUUUAUUUAUUCAACAUAGCUAAGUUAUCAGAGUAGUGAGGUCUUUGAGAGUUAUUUUAUGUUAAUAAUGAGUGAAAGAAUAUUAGUAGUUCUGCUGCUUGUUUUUAAUUAUUUGUUGGUUGCAGAAGGAGAAACAGCUAAUGAGGAUUUGACCACCCUUUUGUCUCUUAUGGAUAACUUGAAGAACACCCCUAAUAGUUGGGUGGGUUCAGAUCCUUGUAAUGAUUGGGAUGGAAUUAAGUGCGAGGAUUCACGUGUUACAUCGAUAACAUUAUCAAGCAUUGGUUUGGCUGGCCAGCUUUCUGGAGAUAUUGGAUCCCUAUCUGAAUUGGAGAUUUUAGAUCUAUCUAACAACAAGGACUUAACUGGGACGCUUCCACAAACAAUUGGAGAGUUGACCAAGCUGUCAACCUUAAUUCUAGUUGGUUGUAACUUCAAUGGUCUUAUUCCGGACAGCAUAGGAAAACUGCAGGAACUCCUUUCUUGUAAGAAUGGAUUCAUGUUUUAUUUAUCUUUAAAUUCCAAUAGCUUUAGUGGAAAUAUUCCAAAUUCCAUUGGUAACCUAUCAAAGCUUUCUUGGUUGGAUUUAGCUGAGAAUCAGCUUGAAGGGCCCAUCCCAGUAUCUAGUGGAAGCAUAUCUGGUCUUGAUAAGUUACACCAUGCCAAGCAUUUUCAUCUUGGGAAGAAUAAUCUCUCAGGCAGUAUUCCUCCUCAACUUUUUAGCGGGGAAAUGGCUCUCAUUCAUGUGCUAUUGGAAAGUAAUAAACUCACUGGCAACAUUCCAGAUACACUUGGACUAGUUCAGAGUCUGGAGGUGGUGCGUUUAGAUCGUAAUUCAUUAAGCGGAACUGUGCCUCCAAACAUCAACAAUCUUACGAAUGUUCAAGAUCUGUACUUGUCCAACAAUAAGCUGUUUGGUUCCCUGCCAAACCUUACUGGAAUGAAUGCUCUCAGCUACCUGGACAUGAGCAACAAUAGUUUUAAGCAUUUGGAUUUUCCAGAAUGGUUUUCAACUCUCAAGUCCUUAACAACAUUAAAAAUGGAGAGAACACAACUUCAAGGACAGGUUCCAACUUCUUUGUUUAGUCUCGUCAGUUUACAGACUCUGGUGCUAAAAGACAACAAAAUAAACGGAACCUUGUAUAUCGGCUCCUCCUACAGCAACCAGCUCCGACUUAUUGAUCUGGAGACUAAUUCAGUUGACAACUUUAUGCAAAAAGAUGUAGCUUCAAACGUCAAGAUAAUACUUAAAGAUAACCCAAUUUGCCUAGAAACUGGAGAAGGAGCGAGCUACUGCUCCAAUAUUCAACCUGGUGCCUCAUACACAACACCACCAAAUAACUGCCAGCCUGGUCCCUGCAGUUCAGAACAGAUUUCUAGUCCCAACUGUGUAUGCGCAUAUCCAUACACGGGAACCUUUGCUUUCAGAGCACCUUCCUUUUCAGAUCUAGAUAACAAAACUUACUACUUAAUGCUUGAGGAUUCUCUUAUGAAGUCUUUUAAGUCUCAUUAUCUACCAGUGGAUUCGGUUUCGUUGAGUCAUCCAACUAAGGAUUCAAAUCAGUAUCUUAAAUUGAAUUUACAAGUCUUCCCAUCAGGACAAGAUCAUUUCAAUCAAACAGGGGCUUUUAUCAUUGGUUUUCUGAUAGGCAACCAAACUUUUAAGCCUCCUAAAGUUUUUGGACCAUUUUAUUUUAUUGCAGAUAAAUAUGCACACUUUGAAUCGAUGGAGUCGAGUAAAUCUUCAAUUAACAUUGGAAUCAUAAUUGGAGCAGCAGUUGGUGGUUCAGUCCUGCUACUGUUAUUACUCCUAGCAGGUGUUUAUGCCUUCCGACAGAAGAAAAGGGCUGAAAAAGCUAUUGAUCAAAGCAAUCCUUUCAGACGCUGGGAUACAGCUGAGAGCAACAGUGGCAUCCCUCAGUUGAAAGAAGCCAGGAUGUUUUCAUUUGAAGAGCUUAAAAAAUACACCAAAAGUUUUUCUCAAGCCAAUGAUAUUGGAUCUGGGGGUUUUGGGAAGGUUUAUAAGGGAACCCUUCCCAAUGGACAACUGGUAGCAAUAAAACGAGCUCAGAAAGAAUCCAUGCAAGGAAAGCUUGAGUUUAAAGCUGAGAUUGAGCUCCUAUCAAGGGUAAAUCACAAGAAUCUGGUCACUCUUUUGGGGUUCUGCUUUGAACAAGGAGAACAAAUGCUAAUUUAUGAGUAUGUUCCAAAUGGAUCUUUAAAGGAUACUCUCUUAGGGAAGUCAGGAAUUAGAUUGGAUUGGAUUGGAAGGCUAAAAGUUGCCCUUGGCACUGCCCGGGGUUUGGCUUAUCUUCACGAACUUGUCAAUCCUCCGAUCAUACACAGGGACAUCAAAUCAAAUAAUAUUUUGUUGGAUGAGCGCCUAAAUGCUAAAGUUGCUGAUUUUGGUCUCUCCAAAUCUAUGGUUGAUUGCGAAAAAGAUCAUGUUACCACUCAAGUUAAAGGAACAAUGGGUUACUUGGAUCCAGAGUAUUAUAUGUCUCAACAAUUGACUGAGAAGAGUGAUGUGUAUAGCUUUGGAGUGCUAAUGUUGGAGCUGAUAUCUGCAAGAAGGCCAAUAGAAAAAGGGAAGUAUAUUGUGAAAGAGGUGAGGAAAGCACUUGAUAAGACAAAAGAGUUAUAUGGUCUUCACGAAACAAUUGACCCAAAAAUUGGUUUAGCAUCCCCAGUGAGUGGUUUUGAGAAGUUUGUGGAUAUGACCAUGAAAUGUGUUGAAGAGUCAGGUGCUGACAGGCCUAAAAUGAGUGAAGUGGUAAGAGAAAUCGAAAACAUAUUGAAGUUAGCUGGUUCAAACCCCACCGAUGAAUCACCAUUCAUCUCUUCUAGUUACGAGGAUGUAAGCCGAGGCAGUUCCAGCCAUCCUUAUAAUAGCAACGACUCCUUUGAUUUGAGUGCAGGACUUCCAUGUCGCUAGGAGUACAUGCAAUCAAACUCAAGUAUAUUUUGUUUGCUUAAAUCCUUCAUAAAUGUUGAUCCUCUGUAUACAUAUAUGUAUGUAGCUGUUAUAGCCUUAGAAUGACAUGGUCCCCACUUUCAAGUUCUUCAUUGUGAGCUUCGUUUCCCAUGUCUUGUUCAUCUCAAAUGGGGUCAGAAGAGAAACCAUCGAAGUGGUGGAAGGCUAGAGGCGCAAUGGUGAACAGUGUUUAUGUAAUUUUAAGGACAGUGAAAAGAAAAUUAAUGUUGCGAUACACAUUCAAGGAAGAGAUAAAUUGCAUGUGUUUCUUUU